GGCGGCUAACUUGAAAAUGGCGGAUGUAAUCAAGACAGUCGAAGUGCUGGAUAAAUUUGAACUUCAGCGUUUGCAAGAAGACUGGGUGAAGUCUGUAUGGGACAGUGAUUUCACAGAGAUUGAUCCUAUAGACAUUGACCUACAGAACGACUUUCAAGAGAAUGAAUACCAUUGCCAGUCACUACGUCUGUUGCAGGAAAGUCUGGUGGACUGGGUCACACACAAGGAAGGAGAACAGGGUGAAGGUUUCUGGACUGUCCUGGUGGAGAAUGACAUUCAACAUAAACACUUGAUUGCUCUGUUUGCAUACCUGAUUGAUAUUGGACAAUCGAAAACUGCAGACAUCGUGAAAAAAAAAUCUGCCCUUUUGUCUUGUUCUGGCUACUUGAAGUUAUUAACAGUACCGGGAAGUAGUGCCUUCCAUGUGUUCCAUCCUGUCCUGUAUGAGAAGACUAUAGAUAUGCUGAAACAGUGGACCACUAUUGGCUCCAGUAAGAGAAAAAGGAGUGCUGCCACUACUGGGACACAAAAAGGCAAGAAAAGUCGGGGCAGCAAACAGACGGUGGACCCCACAGUUGAUAUUAAUGUGGACUUCAGUGAUGAUGACGAUGAAGAUGCAGAGGAAAUGGCACCACAAGAAGUCACUGCAAUCAAGAAACUUCUGAUGGAACUUCUACGGGACCUGGUGUUUCUGCUGGAGACCACACCUAUGCGUCAGUCUGAGGCAUCCUUGUACCAUACUGUACAGAUUCUAACUGAACUCACACGACAUGAGACUGACACCUUCAAUGGAAACUUUAAUGAGAGAUGUCCCUCCUCCAGGUUGCCUGUGGCAGGUCUUGCUUACAAGGGUCUUGGCUUCCUGUGCCUUCCUCUACAUAAUCACAUUGUGUCCUUGUUCCAUGCAAUCUGUAAGAACCUCAUGCCCAGUCUGCUGAUGUUGAUUGGAGAUAAUAAGGCAGUGGCUGCCACAACCAUCCCCAAACCUGUCCAGGUCGCCUGUGAACAAGCAACUUCAUUUAUCUGCCACAUGAUGAAGCAGUGUGGAGAUCGUGUCCACCCAAGUGUACGGACCCUUCUCCAACACAUGUGUACCAAGGUCCCAGACAAAACUGAAUACAGGUCAAGGGUCACACAGUCUGUAAUUAAAAUUCUGAAAGACUUGCCGAAUGAAGCUUUUGGAAAAAUGGUGGAGUGGUUUUAUCGCUUAUCUAAACACUCAAAGAUCAGCAGUCGUGCUUUCACCAUAGAGAUAGCGUCCAUGUUGCUGGUGACUCCAGAGAGAGAUGUGGAUGAAAGCUCUGGUGAAGGAUUGGCGGACUAUGUGAAGCACCGCUCAAUAAUGGGACUCCUGCUAGCUAGAUGUUCUGACAGUGCUCCUACUGUACGAGCUCGAGCCAUAACGGCCUUUGCCCAGUGUUUUGUGUCAGCCGACAACAAUAUUAAAGGGGCCCUUCGAGAGAUUGUCACUCCAUUCCCGGGGCCUCGUCCUGCUCAUGCCCCCCAUCUCAUUCCUACCCCAAUGAUGGACAACCGUGUGCAACAGCUUACUGCAGAGGAUUCCAUCCAGGGAGCAGGGGGGAAAACUCCAGACUGCACAGCCUCCAAUACGCAGGCCAUACUCAACCCUAAAACUCCUUUUGGUGGGGUUAUGCUGACUCCCUUUAACCCAAACUUACCUGAUGAUGAUGGUGUGAUGUCUAUGUUGCGGAGGAGGUCGCGAGAUGAGAAGGUGAAUGUCAGAAAGUCUGCACUACUAGCUGUGGAGAACAUCAUCAGAUUUGAGGCCCCGGACUACAGGAGACAGAAUCUGGAGUUGUUGGUGGAGAGAUGCCGAGACCCUGCUUUAUCAGCUCGGAAACAGGCCAUGCAGUCGCUGACCUCUCUACUGCUGGAGAUGCCUACAGAGAAAACAUUACAACAAGCUUGGCUGGAGGGUGUGAUGCCACUUACAAUUGACCGUGAGUCGAGUCUCCAGGAUAAAUGUAUGGAGACCCUGGAGGACAUAUUAAUACACAACAUCGUCCCCGCCCCCAAGUCACGAAGCUCUGCCCACACUCUAGCCUGGGACCUCCUCACCAUCAUGGAGCAAUCUGAAAAUGUUGAGCUCAGACGAUACCUCCAGAAGGCAUGCAUACAGUGGAACAGGCAGGGUAAAAUAAAGCCUAAUUUGAUCACUGCCCUGGAGACACACAUAGAUAGUGACAACAACCAGAAUGCUUGGAUGUUGCUGUCUGAAAUAGCACCGGCCGCCCCCAAACUCGGCCACAAGUUUGUGCUGGAAUACUGGCAGAAACAACCAGCCGCCACCCAGGAGGCUGAUUAUAUAACGCUACAGAGAGUUCUCACUGUAAUGAGCUGUACAGCUAAGACCAUUCCUUCGGAUGACCGUUCCACACUUAUAGACGAUUUGAAGUCACGCCUUCUUCAGUUUGAUUCUCCCACAGAACUCAUAGCUAUUACCAUCAAAACACUAUCAAAGCUGUGUCAGGCACAGGCCGAAGCUACCGGUGACAAGGCAGGACGCGAGGCCUGGUGUACUGACCUGUUAAGUGCCUGUGACAAGUACCUAUCCCACGUCAUACUAGAGGAUCACUGUGGUGUAGAGGAUGAGGAUUUGGUGGUGCGACACCUGUUUACACUGGGAGAGGUCGUACAGAUCUGUCCUGCCAGAGUGUCCAAGCGAAUCUCACUCAUUGUAGAAAGCUUCAUUGCUGCACCCUGUAUUUCAUCAAUGACGACCUCCUCACAGAACACCAAUAUCCAUACAGGGGAUCUGUGGCAAAGUAAAGAGUCAGAAAAUAGUGGCAGCUCAAACCCAGACUCUGAUGGUCUGCUGUCGACACAGCUGUCACAGGCGCCGUCCUCCCAACAGACAAACUCUCAGGAUUUCAACACUCAGGCCUUCACCCAGGGUACCCAGAUCUUUACACAGUUCCGCGGCUCAAAGAUGUCCAACAGGAUCCGAGCCUUUGCCUUUAUCACAUUAGGCAAGCUCUGCCUCCAGAACCCAAACCUUGCCAAAAAGUGUGUGGCAGCGCUAGCUCGCGAACUCGAGACAUCCACAGAUCCGGCCAUCCGUAACAAUGUCGUCAUCAUCAUGUGUGACCUCUGUGUCAGAUACACAACAACAGCUGAUCACUACAUUUCAAAUAUUGCUUCCUGUUUAAAAGACGAAUCACCAUUGGUCAGAAAACAGACAUUGACCAUCAUCACUCGACUGCUACAGGAAGAUUUUAUGAAAUGGAAGGGAACAUUGUUCUUCCGGUUUAUAACCACUUUGCUGGACGAAUGUGAUAAGAUCACAGAUUUUGCGGAGUUCUGUCUUGUCCACACACUGUUCCAGAGGUACCCUUCCAUGUUCUUCCAUCAUUUCAUGGAGUGUAUCUUCCACUUCAAUGCCUACCAGGGACACGGAGCUUACAAUAAAUUUCAACAAAGUGAGAGAGACCGAGCAAAGUUUUCACUUAGCGGCAAAGACAAUUUCAGGAAACGACAGAAGCUGUACCUCUUCAUGUUGGAGCACAUGACAGACCCUCACAGGUUCCAGUUGACCGCUAAGAUUGUACAGGAGAUUCUGGGAGGGGUAGUUGAUGAUAUCAUCCCCCUGAAUGAGGAUAGUGCCUGUCUUCUUCAGGAUUCACUGGCUAUACUGGCCAGUAAGGAAAUCAAACUGUCAUCACUGAAGGUUAGAAACUCUGAAGAUGUUGUUGCUGACGAACAAGAAAUGGCUGCUGUUGUCAUGGCAACUGCUAAGAAGACCUUGAUAACACAGGUGUUGAAAAAAAAUGUGAUUGAAAACAUUGUUCCUGUGGUCGUCUCGCUCAAACACAUGCUUGAGCAGCACCGAUCGCCUCUCCAGAAAGACCUACUCUCCUACCUCAUGGAACUCAUGAAGGACUUUAAGAAUGAAGUUAAAGAGAUUUUGUCAGCGGACAAGCAGUUGGCCAGUGAGAUAGAGUUUGACCUGAAGAAGUUUGAGGAGCAGCAGGAGGAGCAGGUCAGAAAGAGGCAGAACAAGAAUACUGCCCCUAGUGUGCAGGCUACUCCUGUGGCAGCAAGACCAGGCUCCCCAUCUAAAGGGGCCACUCCCUCAAGGGCUGCUCCAGGCUCCACCCCAGUUGCACCUCCAGAAGGGACUGUCUCUCCUCAUCCCCAGACCCCAGGCGUGGCCAACCCCUCCACCCCCAGGGUAGGAUCCCCUGGUCCGCAAACCACAUCAGCACGGAUGUCUCCCACCUUGUCACCCCCAGGAUCUGUCCAGAGACCUGCUACAAACAGAAAAGAAACCUCUCUAUCAACCAUUGCUAUAAUGAAUUCUGCUAGGAAAAUGGCUCGGGUAAUGAACCAACAUCAGAGGAGUUUGUCGAGAUCCCCAGCCAGGGGAACCAAGUCUCCAGCCAAGCACAUGAAGUCCCCAGCCAGGGGUACGGCAAAAGACCAGGAAGAUGGCCAGACCGACAGUAGAAGUCGCAGAGUUCAAAUCAUAUGCCAUCCAUUGGAAGAGGAAGAGGAUGAUAGUCCGGAGGUGCCAGAGGAGAGAAAUACGAGGCUGACUCCACGCUACCCUCCUAGAAUGAACAGAGCUAUCAGUACCCCAUCAGAUACUCCUCCACAAGGUGUGCUGAACAACAUUACAUUCUAUAAUAUGGAACAGAACAUGACAAUGAUACCUCCAUCACCGAUCCCAACUUCCCUACCUAUACGGGUCUAUAGUGACGACGAUACAGUCACACCAAUGACCCCACCCAAAGGUCGUGGUAAAGGGAAGGUGGCCGAGGAUAUAAUCUUCAUGUUUUCGCCAGACAAACCUCUUCCAAAACCAAGGAAGUGGAAUGUGCACUCUCCGGCACCAGUAGAUUCACAAAGAAGUAGACUGUCCCAGGUUGAGGAAGGGAGCCAGGAAAAUGCUCCAGAAGACAGUAUCACCACUCUGAGAAAAGAAAAAACUACGGGUAAAAAGGGGCCUGCUACCAGGAAAAGUGGACGCCAUAAAAAAUCUGUUGCAUCAUGAUCUGUUAUAGAUACACUAGCAUUGUUUGUGAUAUUAUUAAGCUUAUUUUACAGCUGUGAAUUUGAUUAUAUUCUUAUUUGCUUUGUCAUCAAUGGGCGAUUUCGAAAACUCAAAGUAUCAUGGAAAAAAAUGUCUUCAAUAUGAAAAUAAUAUGGAUUCCAUGUUGGUUUAGUUGAUCAAGUGGUAAAAUCAUUUGCACAUCAAUUGAUGUUAAAGAAGAAAACUAUAAAUAACAUCAGAAGCAAUAUGAGAUAUGUUAAACUGAGCCAACAUGGUGUCCAUUUAAAAUGCCAAAAGAUGAUUUCACAAUGAAAUGUGAAAGAGUGCCAAAUGUUCUGAUAUUUGAAUUUUCUUGAUCGGCAAUUGACAUUUGAAAAUCAGCGUAUAGUAAAUGAUUCAUAAUUAAUUUAGGGGAUGGUACGUUGUUUUGAGUGGCUAUACUGGCGAUUAGAACAUGAAAUUUGGUUUGAACUCGAGACCGACAGGAGUUUGCAUUGUUGGGGUCCUAAAAUCCUUACAGUAUGCCACUGCAAUAGUUAAACUCUUGAAGAAGAGUUUCAAAUCAGGGCUGUUAUUAUGUCUCCCCUUCGAAUGAAGGGAGACAUAUUGUAUUAGAACUGGUUCUACUGGUUCUUCUAAUUGCAACUUGUCUGUGCCAUAACUUUUAAACCGUUAAAGAUAUCUUGAUGAAACUUUAGGUGUGCAUGCAUCACCCACAGAAGGU